UGUAUAUUCCGCAAUCAGAGAGCCGUGUGAGACUCUUAACCAUAUCAUCAACAUCAUUUUCCAACUUCACAUUCUUCUAUUCAUCCUGGCAACAAACCUCACAAACCCCCCCAUGGAGAAGCAAGAAGCAAUAGUUCUGUAUCCAUCACCACCAAUAGGUCACCUAGUAUCCAUGGUCGAGCUAGGCAAACUCAUCCUCUCCCAAAACCCAUCUCUCUCCAUCCACAUCAUCUUAGUCCCACCUCCUUACCAGCCCGAAUCAACCACCACCUACAUCUCCUCCGUCUCCUCCUCCUUCCCUUCAAUCACCUUCCACCGCCUCCCAACCGUCACACCCUACUCUUCAGCAACCACACAAAGCCACGAGGCACUCAUCUUAGAAAUCAUCUGCUUCAGCAACCCGAACGUCCACCGUACUCUCUUCUCCAUCUCCCAAACAUUCAACCUCCGUGCCAUGAUCAUCGACUUCUUCUGCACCGCCGUGCUAGACGUCGUCGCCGGUGACUUCGCUUUCCCGGUUUACUACUUCUUCACCUCCGGAGCCGCCUGUCUCGCCGCCUUCUUCCAUCUCCCGACUCUUGACGAAACAACUGCCGGAAAAAACCUCAAAGACAUCCACACGCUGCUCAACAUCCCCGGCGUUCCUCCGAUCAAAGGCUCCGAUAUGCCUACCCGGCUACUUGACCGCAACGAUGAGGUUUACGAUGCAUUUAUAUCGUUCUCUAAGCAGCUCUCGAACACUUCAGGGAUCAUUAUCAACACCUUUGAGGCGUUAGAGAACAGAGCCAUCAAGGCCAUAACAGAGGAGCUCUGUUUUCGCAAUAUUUAUCCGAUCGGACCCCUCAUUGUUAAGACAAGAACCGGAGAUAAUAAAAACGCAGAUUCUUGUCUGAACUGGCUAGAUUCGCAACCCGAACAGAGUGUUGUGUUCCUCUGUUUCGGGAGCUUGGGUUUGUUCUCGCAAGAACAGCUUAAGGAGAUUGCUAUCGGUUUAGAGAGAAGCGAGCAGAGGUUCUUGUGGGUGGUUCGUAAUCCACCAGAGCUACAAAACCAAACAGAACCGGAUUUGGAGUCUCUAUUACCGGAUGGGUUUCUAAACCGAACCGGAAACAGGGGAAUGGUGGUUAAAUCAUGGGCUCCGCAAGUUCCGGUUCUGAAUCAUAAAGCAAUCGGUGGGUUCGUGACUCAUUGCGGAUGGAACUCUAUUCUUGAAGCUGUUUGCGCGGGUGUACCGAUGGUGGCUUGGCCGUUAUAUGCUGAGCAGAGGUUUAAUAGAGCGGUGAUUGUGGAGGAGAUCAAGAUUGCUAUUUCGAUGAAUAAAACGGAGACAGGCUUCGUGAGUUCCAUGGAGGUGGAGAAACGAGUUCGAGAGGUAGUGGAGGAGGGUCCGGUUAGGGAGAGGACCAAGGCUAUGAAGAAUGCAGCUGAAUCAGCUUUGGUUGAAACCGGUUCGUCUAGGCACGCGUUGACUGCUUUACUCGAGUCGUGGAGUCCAAAACAAACUUAGACUCUGCUUCAGGUUAAGUUUUGUGAUAUAAGGAGGCAAUUGAUGCGAAAGGUGAAUUGUGACUGAAGAAGACUAUGACCGAUUGAUAUGUAGUAGAAAUCAAUGGUGAAGAUUGUAUUAUAAAACGGCUAUGCUUUUGUGACAAGCAACUGUAACUUGGUCUGAGUUUGAAUAAGUCCCCCUUCGUGAUAGGAGGUUGAACAAGUCUUUAUUUGUGUUUGUUGUAUGAGUUUGUUUGGGAGUUAGUUUCUAUUUCAGUUGUAAUGUUGAGAGACCUAUUUAAGAGAUAGUUUACUUUGAGUUCAACAAUAAACUAAGACUUUCAA